AUGGUGGCAUUUGUUUUGCAGCCACCAAGAAGAGGAAAGGGGAAGAAGAAAAUCGCCUCAGCACCUUUGGCGGCCAAGCGGGUGGAGCCAAAAAAAGUUGUUAACCCUCUCUUUGAAAAACGACCAAGAAACUAUGGCAUUGGUCAGGAUAUCCAGCCUAAACGUGACCUGAGUCGGUUUGUGCGAUGGCCGAAGUACGUCCGUCUGCAGAGACAGAAGGCGAUCCUGUACCAGAGGUUGAAGGUGCCCCCACCCAUUAACCAGUUCACACAGGCUCUGGACAGGCAGACAGCUACACAGCUGUUUCGUCUGCUGGACAAAUAUCGACCAGAGACAAAACAACAGAAGAAAGCGCGUCUGCGUGCUCGUGCAGAAGCCCGAACAGCUGGAAAGGAAGACGCGCCGACGAAGCGUCCACCCGUGGUACGAUCUGGAGUCAACACUGUGACGACGCUGGUAGAACAGAAGAAAGCUCAGCUUGUGGUGAUAGCCCACGAUGUGGAUCCACUAGAGGUAGUGCUGUUCCUCCCUGCUCUGUGUAGGAAGAUGGGUGUCCCGUACUGUAUCGUCAAGGGCAAGGCAAGGCUGGGGAGAGUGGUAUACAGGAAGACGGCCUCCUGCUUAGCUCUGGCACAAGUUAACCCAGAGGAUAAGAGUCAGUUGAGCAAACUGGUGGAUGCUGUCAAGACAAACUUCAAUGAGAGAUACGAUGAGCUGAAGCGUCACUGGGGCGGCGGUGUGAUGGGAAGCAAGUCCCAGGCUAAAGUUGCUAAGGUGGAGAAGGCAAAGGCUAAAGAAUUGGCACAGAAGAUGGGCUGAGGUCAAUCAUUCACAUCUUACGAAUGUACAUGAAACAAAAAAAAAUAUAUAUAUAAAAUGAAUUGA